AUGGGGAUUGCGAAGAAGAAAUCGGAGCAGAGCACAGGGGCUCCAAAGAGCAUGAGCGACAGUAUGAAGAAGGGACCCAACCACGGGAAAUUACUGAAGAAAUUGGAGACGAGCAAGGCCCACAAGUCAAGAUCAGAAUCAAAAGAGGAGGAAUCUGACUCCGAGGAUGACAAGAUUUCCGAUCAGCCUUCAGAAUUGGACAAUGAAUCGGACGAAGACAGCUCAAUGGUCAGUGGUGAUAGUGAUGAAGAGGACGAGGAGAACUCGAGUGAAGAUGAAGCAGAAAAAGCUAGGCGGGAGCUUUCUGAUGUUCCUUUCGAAGUUCUUCAAGAGCUGCAGAAGGAUGGAAAGGUGGACUCCAAGUUCAAUAAGGAUACUUCUCGUAAAAUGACAAUCAGACAGAAAAUCAAGCAAGUGAAGGGGGCCCCAGUCGAAGCUACGAGCAAGAAGCCCGUUUCCCGGUUUCAAAAGACCUACUCCUUCGUCUCUGAUCAGCGCAAGUCAGAAAUGAAAUCGUUGAAGCAAAAGAUUGCGAAAACAAAGAACGAGGAAAUGAGGAAUCAGCUGGAGGAAGAAUUGAGGGAAUUACAACGUUCACAGCAGAAGGAAGAUGCUACCAAUGCAAAUAGAGAAAAGCUCAAGGAGAGAAGGCGGACAGAGCGAGACGCUGUUGCCAAAGGGAAGAAGCCGUUUUACCUCAAAAAGUCCGAUCAACGCAUUCUUGAGCUUGCAAAGAAAUAUGAGGUGAACUUUGGUUUGAGGUGCGACUCAGAUUGA